GUAACAAAAUUUAUUAUUCAAAUUUAUUUUAACAAAUUACAAAUUUAAUUUCAAUUUAUAGAUUUAUUAUUAUAGACUAGUAUUAUAUUAUUUGUUAACUAAUUAGUUAUUUAAAUGUAGAUUUCAAUCACAAAACAACAGUACUAACAAUGUUUUUAUCUAUAAUAAAAUUAUUAUUAUUUUCACUAUUGAUUAUACUAUUUGUAUCAUUAUCAUAUGAAACCAGAUUUACUGUUAAUAAGAGUUUCAUUAUUGAUAAGACAAACAAUCAGUUCCUAAAAGAUGGUCAACCCUUUCGAUACAUCGCCGGUCAUAUCGAGUACUUUAAAGUGCCGGCAGUUUUAUGGAGAGAUCGGUUGACUAAAUACAAAAUGGCUGGACUUAAUGCCAUACAAAUAUAUGUUGAAUGGAAUUCACACGAACCGGAGGAAGGGAUGUAUCAUUUUGAUGGCGACAACGAUUUGAUUGGUUUUCUGAAGUUAGCCAACGAGUUGGACCUACUGGUGCUCGUAAGAACCGGUCCGUUCAUUGAUGCCGAAAGAGAUAUGGGAGGUCUACCCUAUUGGCUGCUAUCGAAAAAUCCAAAUAUGAAACUUCGGACAUCGGAUCCGUCAUAUUUGGUUGAAGUAGACAAAUGGUACGAUCGUUUGCUGCCAAUGUUGAUACCGAUGCUCUACAAAAAUGGUGGACCCGUUAUAAUGGUUCAGAUCGAGAAUGAAUACGGAAGUUAUUUUGCCUGCGAUUUCAAUUAUUUGAAACAUUUACGAGAUUUACACUACAAAUAUCUGGGAAGUGAUGUCCUAUUUUAUACUACCGAUGGAGGCGAAGACUAUUAUUUGAAAUGCGGUAAAAUUGAUAACGUGUUCGCAACGGUCGACUUCGGAUCGGAAAGAGAUGUUAAUGAAUCGUUUGCCGCCCAACGAUCCCAUCAACCGUACGGGCCGUACGUAAACUCUGAGUAUUAUACCGGUUGGAUUGAUCACUGGGAAGAGACACACUCGACGGUAACAUCGGCGGCCAUUUGUAAAGGGUUGGAUCAAAUGCUGGCAUUGAACGCAUCGGUAACACUUUACCCUAUGCAUGGCGGAACCAGUUUCGGGUUUACCGCCGGAUCUAAUAUCCAUAAGAAUAGGUUCUAUCCGUUAAUUACAAGCUAUGAUUUUGAUGCUCCACUCACCGAAUCGGGCGAUCCGACCGCUAAGUAUUAUGACGUCCGCAAUGUUAUCGGAAAAUAUCUAACACUACCAGUCGGAACAUUACCCAAACCCGAACCAAAAAUGCAAACCAAACCGCUUUUAAUGAAAUCGACUGCCAAUAUCUAUGAUGCGAUCGAAACUUUAGUACCAAUUGAAUCGGUUUAUCCGAAAACGUUUGAAUCAUUAAGACUACGACAGGGAUUCAUAUUGUACUCAACAACAGUUACUAACCAUACAUCAGAUCCGGCAGUGCUUACAGUAAAUGGACUCAGAGAUAGGGCUCAGGUGUUUGUCGAUAAGAAAUAUGCGGGAACUUUGAGCCGAACACAAAGUCUAUAUACAUUGGGAUUGGAUAUCGAGUUUGGGUCACAAUUGGAUAUAUUUGUUGAAAAUCARGGACGACCUGACUAUGGAAUUGAAAUACACGAAUCAAAAGGUAUCACCGAAAAUGUCACAUUAGGAUCGGUUGUGUUAAAAAACUGGAAACACUAUCUAUUGUUCACCGAUUGGCAACAAUAUAUCACUAACUUUAUCACCACUUUGUCCACCAGUUUGUUAUCCGAGACUAACUAUACUUCUGUCGACAGAAUUCCUACAUUCUUUACGACUGAAUUUGUUUUGCCGAACGACUCGACACUACCAUUGGAUUCAUUCCUACGUUUGGACGGUUGGCGCAAAGGUCUGGCAUUUUUGAAUGGUUUCAAUUUGGGCCGCUAUUGGACUGUUGGACCACAGCUGACACUGUAUGCACCCCGACAUCUGUUCAAUGCCUAUCCGAUGACAAACACAUUGAUUGUGUUUGAAUUGGAGCGAUCGGCUCCCAACAUGACUGUCCAGUUUGUGGCCACCAGUGUAUUGAACGCCACCAUUCCGUUUACAAGUGAACAUCAAUUACUUUUAUAA